AUGGCUCAGAUUUUAUCUCUCCUCGUUACCAUUUUUCUGGCUCUAGCUUCUUCUGGGAGAUGCAGCAACGUUUACAGCAGGAAAGAUUUCCCCGAGGGCUUUGCUUUCGGUGCCGGCGCUUCUGCUUAUCAGUGGGAAGGAGCUGUUAAUGAAGACGGGAGAAAGCCAAGCGUUUGGGACACUCUCGUUCACUCUCGUAACACAAGUAAUGGAGACAUCACUUGUGAUGGGUAUCACAAGUACAAGGAAGAUGUGCAACUAAUGGUGGAAACUGGCUUAAACGCAUACAGAUUCUCCAUCUCUUGGUCUAGGCUUAUACCAAAUGGAAGAGGUCAUGUUAACCCAAAGGGUCUACAGUUCUACAAGAACUUCAUCCAACAACUUGUAAAUCAUGGGAUUGAGCCACAUGUUACACUCUACCACGACGAUCAUCCUCAGUCUAUCGAGGAUGAAUAUGGAGGAUGGCUCAACCGCAGAAUGAUCAAAGACUUUACUGCUUACGCAGAUGUUUGCUUCAGAGAGUUUGGGAGCAAUGUCAAAUUUUGGACAACGAUCAACGAAGCUAACAUAUACUCCAUUGGAGGUUACGGUAAUGGGUUUACACCGCCUGGUCGUUGCUCCCCACCAGGCUGCUCAUCAGGGAACUCUUCGACAGAACCAUACAUCGUAGGCCAUAACUUGCUUCUUGCGCACGCCUCUGUUUCAAGACUCUACAAACGAAAGUACAAGGAUAUACAGGGAGGUUCCGUAGGAAUUAGCAUAUUUUUGUUAGGGUUUAAGCCUUCUACAAGCUCCAAGGAUGAUGAACUCGCUCUACAAAGAGCCAAAGCUUUCUACUUUGGCUGGAUUCUUGGACCUCUUACAUUCGGAGACUAUCCCGAUGAAAUGAAAACAGCCGUUGGAUUAAGACUGCCAGUUUUCUCAGAGGAAGAGUCAGAGCAAGUUAAAGGCUCAUCUGACUUCAUAGGAAUCAUGCAGUAUCUCGCGGCGACUGUUGCAAACAUGAAAUCCAAACCUUCUCAUCCUGAUUUCGACUCAGACAUGGGCGCUUUUGUAAAUUUAAUUGGGAAUUAUUCAGCUUUCAAUGAAAAGUAUGCUGUUGUUCCAUGGGCUAUGGAAGCUGUCCUGGAUCAUAUAAAGCAGAGUUAUGGCAACCCUCCUCUCUACAUUCUUGAGAAUGAUUUGCAAGACACACCAAGGAUCGAGUACUUACAAGCUUACAUUGGCGCUGUGCUCAAAUCCAUUAGGAACGGAUCAAACACGAGAGGCUACUUCGUAUGGUCUUUUAUGGAUCUCUUCGAACUACUGACCGGAUACGACUAUAGUUAUGGAUUGUACUCUGUGAAUUUCAGCGAUCCUCAUCGUAAGAGGUCUCCAAAACUCUCUGCUCAUUGGUACUCUGCUUUUCUCAAGGGCAACACCAUCUUUCUUGGUUCCCAAGACAUCGCCCAAUUGCAGAGCGACUUCUCUUCUUCCUCCUAG